AGCGGCGCCCGGUGACCGAGGCCUCGCACAGCCGGCCGCCCUGAGGGUCGGGCCGGAGCCAGGGUCCAGAAGGGGCGCGUUUGUGUCUCGGGUUAAAAUAAGGUUCCGUCCGCGUGCUGGGUUCGGGGCCCUGCUGGGUCAGACCCUGUUCUGUGGGCACAGCGCCCGGGACCCCCGCGCGGCAGGAACCCCCGCACGGGGGUCACACCUGCCUACACAGGCUGAAGAGCAUUGGCGUGUCUUCAGGUCAAAGUUUUUCUUUCUCUUUUUUCUUUGCUCUUUUUUUUCUUUUUCUUUUUUUUUUUUUUUUGGAUAUAGGGUCUAAAUCUGCCGCCCAGGCUGGAGUACACGGUCGCGAUCACGGCUCGACCUCCUGGGCUCAAGCGAUUCUCCCACUCUGGCCUCCCAAAGUGUUGGGAUUACAGGCAUGAGCCCCUGAGCCCAGCCUCAAAGUCACUUUGAAAUCGGUAGUGCGGUCGCCAUGUCCCCUGCGCACCCAGGCAGGAAACCCAGGAGGAGAUCCUGGGGCUGGAGUCCAUGAGGAUUUUCAUCUUUUCCUGGUGGCUUAUCUCUGCUUCUGUUUUCCCUACUGGGAUUUAGUGCUGGUCCUCACGCUGCCUUCCCCCUCCGUGUGUGGAAGUCUGUGUCUCCCUCUGCAGCCCCCAACCCCACCCGGCCCUGUGCUGUCCUCAGACACACCAGGCACGCUCUGGCCUCAGGGAUUCUGCCCUACUGAUCCCUCUGCGUGGAAUGCUGUUCCCCGGGGCCCCAGUUGGUUUCACCCACGGCCCGUUCCUGGGUUGGCCUUUGAGGGCCACACCCACACCCUGUGUCCUGCUGGCUGUCCACCUGGCCUCCCUGAGGUCAGCUCCAGGCGGGAGGGCUCCUGGUCCACACUGCCCCCUGCUCCUGGCACAGACGCUGGCAUAAAGACGCCCGGUGAACGUUGGUGACCCAAUGCAUGCAUGGAGCAAAGGCCAGAGGAGGGGCUGCUCCGGCAAGUGCUGUUACCCACCGCCUUGAGCCACAGCCUUGCUAGGGUGCUCCAGGGUCUCUGCGCAAGAUUCUGCCCCCAAACCCUCUGUCUCUCAUUUAUGGAGAGCCUCGGGGAGGAAAACCGGCUCCCCCAGGACCCUCAGCCCAGCAGAAAACCUGCACCACCCCACAGCCCCACCCGUGUCCCCGCACCGGCUGCUGUGGCUGGGACUUCUGGGGAAGGAGCUCAGGGCUGCAGGUCCGUGUGUGAGUCACGGGCACACAUCUCUGCACACACGCGUGAGUCACGUGCACCCUUCUCUGCACACACACAUGUCCACAUGCACCCGUCUCUGCACAUGCAUGUCCACACACACCCGUCUCUGCACACACGCGUGUCCACACGCACCCAUCUCUGCACACACACGUGGAGUCACGCACACCCGUCUCUGCACACACAAGUGUCCACACACACCCGUCUCUGCACACGCAUGUCCACACGCACACGUCUCUGCACACGCACGUCCAUACGCACCCGCCUCUGCACACGCACGUAUCCACACGCACCCGUCUCUGCACACACAUGUCCAUAUGCACCCGUCUCUGCACACACACGUGUCCACACACUCCUGCUCACGUGCUGCACCUACUGGCUUUGGGCACCGACGUCAACGCUUCGUCAUUGUGGCGGGAGGCCCUCAGGACAGAGAAGUGCCCCCUCCCAGAGGACUCAGUCACCCUGGGGUCAGAGCCCAGGCACAGGUCUCCCUCAGCCCCUGAAGCUGGGCACUGCGGCCUGACGCACUCCUCCCAGGGAGGUCGGGAAACCUCAGGCCUGGACCAUACCUCAGACCUCCCGCCUCCAGGACAUGGAACCCAGAGCCACGGUCAGCUGGUCGGCUGCAGCGUUGGGCGCGGGUGCAGGCCCAGGCUCCUUCCCCACGGCCAAACCAGGGGGUGCUAAUUCUGGCCUGCCCUGUGCUCCUCUGCACUGUGUGGGUGACUCAUGGGUCAUGGGUGGCUCCAGAUUUCUGGGCAUAAAUUGGGUCCCAGCAGAAAGUACCCCAGAGGACCAGGCAGGCUGGGGGCCAGCUCUGCGGCUCACUUCCAGACCCUGCCACCCGUCCCCAGCCAGGGAGUCCCUUCUCUGUCCUCUGGUCUGCCCGGCCCCAGGCCUUGACCUCCUCCCUGUGGAGAUGCAGGGGCAGUGGGGGAUACAGGGACGCCCUGCUCUCAGGGCAGCUCUCAGGGAAGCAGUGCUGGGGAGGGGUAGGUGAGACCGCCCCUCCCACCGGGCCCACAGCACCACCCUGGUCUGAGGCACCGCCUCCAGGAAGCCCUCUCUGAGCUCUGAGCGCCUGCGGUCUCCUGUGUGCUGCUCUCUGUGGGGUCCUGUAGACCCAGAGAGGCUCAGCUGCACUCGCCCUGCUGGGAGAGCUGGAGCUGGGUGUGGGGAACAUGGCCGGGCCUCCGAGGCUCCUGCUGCUGCCCCUGCUUCUGGCGCUGGCUCGCGGCCUGCCUGGGGCCCUGGCUGCCCAAGAGGUGCAGCAGUCUCCCCACUGCACGACUGUCCCCGUGGGAGCCUCUGUCAACAUCACCUGCUCCACCAGCGGGGGCCUGCAUGGGAUCUACCUGAGGCAGCUCGGGCCACAGCCCCAAGACAUCAUUUACUACGAGGACGGGGUGGUGCCCACUACGGACAGACGGUUCCGGGGCCGCAUCGACUUCUCAGGGUCCCAGGACAACCUGACUAUCACCAUGCACCGCCUGCAGCUGUCGGACACUGGCACCUACACCUGCCAGGCCAUCACGGAGGUCAAUGUCUACGGCUCCGGCACCCUGGUCCUGGUGACAGAGGAACAGUCCCAAGGAUGGCACAGAUGCUCGGACGCCCCACCAAGGGCCUCUGCCCUCCCUGCCCCACCGACAGGCUCCGCCCUCCCUGACCCGCCGACAGCCUCUGCCCUCCCUGACCCGCCAGCAGCCUCUGCCCUCCCUGUGGCCCUGGCAGUGAUCUCCUUCCUCCUCGGGCUGGGCCUGGGGGUGGCCUGUGUGCUGGCGAGGACACAGAUAAAGAAACUGUGCUCGUGGCGGAAUAAGAAUUCGGCGGCAUGUGUGGUGUACGAGGACAUGUCGCACAGCCGCUGCAACACGCUGUCCUCCCCCAACCAGUACCAGUGACCCAGUGGGCCCCUGCACGUCCCGCCUGUGGUCCCCCCAGCACCUUCCCUGCCCCACCAUGCCCCCCACCCUGCCACACCCCUCACCCUGCUGUCCUCCCACGGCUGCAGCAGAGUUUCAAGGGCCCAGCCGUGCCCAGCUCCAAGCAGACACACAGGCAGUGGCCAGGCCCCACGGUGCUUCUCAGUGGACAAUGAUGCCUCCUCCGGGAAGCCUUCCCUGCCCAGCCCACGCCGCCACCGGGAGGAAGCCUGACUGUCCUUUGGCUGCAUCUCCCGACCAUGGCCAAGGAGGGCUUUUCUGUGGGAUGGGCCUGGGCACGCGGCCCUCUCCUGUCAGUGCCGGCCCACCCACCAGCAGGCCCCCAACCCCCAGGCAGCCCGGCAGAGGAUGGGAGGAGACCAGUCCCCCACCCAGCCGUACCAGAAAUAAAGGCUUCUGUGCUUCCUUUUCUG